AUGAAGAUGAGCGAGAAAAAGAGAAGAGUUAAAGUCAAUCCAGAAAGGUCUCAAAAGAAAUUAAAUUGGAUGCCAUCAUUUCGUACCUAUGAUGACUUCAACCAAACGACGCUUCAGUCAUUAGAUGGCUUUAUGAUUACACUGAGCACAGAUGGAGUGAUUAUUUAUGUGGAUGAAAACAUCUCUUCUCUUCUUGGACAUGUAUCAGCUGAGAUUGUGGACAAAAAAUUAUUAAGCUUUCUGCCUGAUGAAGAGAAAAAUGAAGUCUCACAAAAGAUUAUUCUCAAAUAUCCUUUGUUAAACUCAGAAACACAUAUUGAAUUUUGCUGUCAUUUAAAAAGAGGAAAUGUUGAACAUGGUGAUGGUCCUGCUUAUGAAUAUGCAAAAUUCAUUUUGAAUGUAAAAGAUGUUUCUAACGAGUCUACUGUGUUCUUUAGUAGUUUCUGUUCCAGCCACCGCUAUGCUGACUUGUCUGCUGCACAUAUUUCUUGGGAGGAUCAGUUUUAUCUUAUGGGAACUGUUUGUAUUCUCAGGACUCAGCUCCUGCAGAGACUUUACACUCCAAGGGAAGUCAGUGACAAAUUUGUACUUACACAAGAUUCAGAUGAGGAACCUUUUGUGGGAGAUCUCAGUAGAUCUCAAGGCCAAAGAGGACAUACUAGCACAGAAGUUGUUUGUGCUGAACCUGCUGCUGCUGCUGCUGCUGCUACCUUAGACGACCAAAUUGAGAUUACACAGGUUAAGCACCGUGGACCACAAGACAUUCGUGUAACUGCUGUAGAUUCUGAUUCAACUUGUUGCUCCAGCACAGUUUCCCUGGAUAAUAUUCCUGAAUCUGCAGUAUUAUCCUUGCAAGGUUUUCAAUUUGAGCCUGAGGUGAAUCCGUUGUACAAGGCAGAGCCAGUGGACCUGGAGUUCUCGGUGGACCAGGAGGACUCAGUGGACAAGGAGGGCCCAAAGGGCCAGCAGGACCCAGAGAACCUAGUGGAUCUGUUGGACCAGACAGGCCUGAUGGAUUCCAUGGACACAGAGGACUCAGUGGACCUGGAGACUGCUGGCACCAGUGCUCAGCCAUCGCAGCUGUUAUCACCAGUUGUAUACAGCAUCAUUAGCCAGGAACUGGACCUGAUAAAGAAGUUGAAGGAGCAACUUGAAAAGAGGACUCAGAUGCUGCAUGAUGCCAUCCAAAACCAGCAGGAUGCACUGGAAGUGAUGUUGAAUCACUUACAGAAGCAGCCAAACACAUCACACCACAUUGUCAGUCUUGAUCAUCAACCUUUGGAGGCAGUGCCCAUGAAACAGCAGAAACAACACACUGGGCAAGUGAAGCGGUCUCUCCCACAUCCCAAGGAGAUCAAGCGACUCUGUGAUUUAUCUUUAUACAACUCUCUCAAAAACACUAGGAAGCUUCAGGAACCUUGUGCUGCCUUUACCCAGCAGCAACUGGCACAGCAAGAACAACGUCUGAAGGAGCAGCAGCGGCAGCUACGAAAGCGGCUGCAGCAGCUGAGGGAGCAAAGGAAAGUGCAGAAGCAAAAGAAGAUGCAGGAGAAGAAGAAGCUACAGGAGCACAAGAUGCAGGAGAAGAAGAAGCUGCAGGAGCAGAGGCAGCAGAGAAAGAAUAAGCUGCAGGAACAGAAGAAGUGGCAGAUGCUGCAGAAAGGGACAAAGAAGGGCCAGCAGAAGCAGCAGCUGCAAGAGCAGCCACUGAAGCGUAAUGUCAUCGUGGGGAAUCAUACGCUGCAGAUAUGCCUGCAAAACCCAAGUGGUGUAACUGAGCCCCUCUGCAAUAACCCUGUUAGAUUUUUGCAGACCCAACCCAUUGUUGUUCCUAUCCAGAUAGUAGCUGAACAACAGCUCUCUGGCUGUCAAGAUGGAAACUCUGGGCAACAAGAAGAUGAGAGUCAAAGUUUUCAUCCUGAGGAGAAUCAGGAGCCCACUAUGAGCCACCUGCCAUUGGUAGAUACCCCAAACUCUGAGGCAAUUUCUUCUUCCAGCAUUACUCCCAUAAGUUCAGACUCAACCAUAAGCACCGUGGAGAUCCCACAGGAUUACGUCCAUAUUUGGGAACAGCUGUCUGAUCCAUGCGAUCAAGUUGUUAUCCAACUGAAUACUUGGACUUGCGAUGAGCAGGGCACCAUGCACAGCCAACCCAUCUACCGUCAGGUGCAAGUUUCUGACAUAGGAGACGAGGAACCUCCUAGUCAACAGGCUUUCCAAGGCCCUGCUGCAUACCAGCCAGACCAGAUGAGAUACUUGACACCUGAGGAGCAGCCUGGCUCAAACAAGUAGCGCUAGCAGUACUUUCAUGACCAACGAUGAGGGGAAAUGGGGGUGGGGCCAAGCCAAUGAGGUCUGCAUGACCAGGGGACCUUCAAGGUGCAUAAAAUCCCUUGGAGUAGGGGUUGGGGUUAGAGAAAUAAUUGUUUCCUGAUAGAUUAUGUUUGUAAUUGUUUAUUAAGCACAGCCUGUUUCCUGGAAGUUAUGCUGCAGAGGCAGCCUGUGAUCCGUAGUAUGCUAGGGUGUGCCAGCAGGCAGCCACAGCUGGCUCUGGUGUCCCAUCUGCCCUGUGUCCUGCUUUGCAUAUCCAUAUUCCACCACAGGAAGGUAGUGUGCUGAGAGUUUGCUCAAAUUUUUCAACACAAAGAAAAAAGAAAAAAAAAUGCCAGAGUCCUUUUUAAUCCAGUAAAUCUAGAGGCUGUUUUGUCUUAGCCACAAGAAUUCUGAAGUCUUGACCCUGAUGAUCAAGCCCUGCCUUCCCUCCAUAGUCUUGCUGGAGAAGCCCAGACAGAAUGGGACUCCAACUAAGGGAACCUGAAAUCAGCUCAAUGGAAGCACUUAAGAGCUUAAAUAAUUAUGGCUUCCUUGCUUAAUAAACGUUUACAUUCACUGGA